UAUGCAGGAUGGCUCAUCCAAUGUUCCCCCUACUGGAGACGUUCUACGACUCCAAGCACCGCGCACACGUAAUAGCUGACGAAGGGGAAGCGCUGCAGCCCCUCCGUGCACGUACCCACUCGCCUCUCCGAUGGGAUGAGCGGUACGCGCCGUACUUGCGCCGGGAUGGGUUGCUGCCUUUGGCUCGAGUUGUGUGCGCGGGUCUGCCAGUGAUGGAUGCACCCCUUCUUACUGCUUUUGUUGACCGUUGGAGGCCAGAAACACAUAGCUUCCACCUGCCUUGCGGUGAAGUGUCCAUAACUCUACAAGAUGUGGCAAUGAUUCUUGGACUACCUCUGGAGGGAAAUGCAGUCACUGGCAUGAUACAAAGUGAUGGAUGGAGGGAUAUGGUUCAGGCGCAGGUUGGGAUUCGUCCACCAGAACCGCCAGAGGGAGUGAAGGAUAGAAAGACCUCAGGGGUGAGCUCGGCUUGGCUAAAGGAAAAUUUCUACCAUUGCCCCCAAGGAGCACCUCAAGAACUUGUAGAGCGCCAUGCACGUGUUUGGGUGUGGCACCUCUUUGGAGGCUUCUUGUUUCUGGAUGGUUCGGGCAACACUAUAUCAUGGAUGGUACUACCUAUUCUUGGUCAGCAGUGGGAAAACAUUGCAAAGUACAGCUGGGGGUCGGCAACACUUGCUUGGUUGUACCGACAACUUUGUGAUGCAUGUCGGUGGGUUGCAAGCGACUCAAUCCUAGGAGGGUGUGCCUAUCUAUUGCAAAUUUGGAUUUGGGAAAGGUUUCCAGUAGGUCGGCUGUACCGUGGUGAAUUAGAGCCUUGGCCGCACCAUGACCCAGAAUCGAGGCCGACAGUUGCUUAUUGCUGGAAGAAUGUGGGAGCAGUUAGAGGGGACCCUGCACGCCGAUACAUGCACUAUAUGGAUGACCUUGACAGCCUCAUGCAAAAUCAGUGGGAGCAAAGGCAUAGGAUGAACCCUGAUUCCGGUCCAGUGCAUAGGCACAACCAUUACAAGGACUAUCUUCAGUGGCUACAUUCAGUGUCAAGAGUUUCAAUCAAGCCUCCACGCUCCACUGAGCCUAUAAAGGAUCGCGAGGACACCGACGAUGAUGAUGACAUCGUCGACGAGUACGAUGAUAUCACUCGCUCAGGAGUUUAG